AUGAAUAUUCCGGUUUUAGUAGAUUAUCAGUGGGAAAAAGAUAAGGAGAAAGCACGUGACUUGUUUUUCUACGACGUACCACGUUUCUGGAGGGAAGAAGAUAUGGGUAGUACGACGCCGCAGCAGGACUCAAAGCUUGGCAAGAACGCGACAAAUGGAAGCUGGUUAGACUUAACAGACGAAGAAAUGAAGGAAGCAAAGGAUAACGAAUACGAUGUAUUUUGUCGACACGAAUGUAAUGAAAACGGUGGUAGAGGCUUCAUUAAAAAGAGGACAAGACGAAUUAGACGAUAUACAGAAAUAAAGCGACGACCGGGGAUAGAAAAGAAGAAGAUAUGCCUGCUAAAUCAUCGGUUCAACUAUUUAACCGAUGAAAGAAAAACUGGAGAGAAAAGGCCUAAAUUGGAAUCUCCAGGAGUCACAAUUUCAAAACCAAAGGACACGAAGAAGGAUCAGAAAAAGAAGAAGAAGAAGGAACAAGACUAA